AUGGCCAUCGCACGCAUCGUGUUAGCUAUCCACCUCUUCCUCCUCUGCAGUUUCCACUCGGGACGUCCCCUCGAGGUCUCCCUCUGGAGAAAAGAAAAUGCUCACCUGGGGACACAGACAAACAGAUUGUUGAGGGAAGAGGGGAAGAAUGGCCAAGUAGACCAGGUCAAAUUGCCUCCCAUCUCGGGUACAGAAGGAAGAAAGGAAAUUGGAACGAACAGCAAAUUGCAACUGCGAGGUGAGGGAGAUGAACAGGAUUCCCAAUCCGCCGAAACCCCUAAGUCGGAAGAGGCAGGCAAAGAAGAUGCUGAAAAAGAUGCAGAAAAAGUAGAAAAAAAUGUUAAUCAAGCUGAAAAUGACAAUCCUACCUCGACAGAUGCAGAGCGAGCUAAAGUCGAAGAAGGCCAAGUGCCUAAGGGAGAGCAAAUGAAAACGCUAAGCAAUGAAAAUGAUCAGAAGGAUGAAGGAAAGACAAAUGAAGAUAAAGAAGAAAAAAAGGAAGACAAUAAAGGAGACGGUGAGAAAGGAGAGAAGGAAUCUGAGGACAAAUCGGGGGAUAAGGGCGAAGGCGAGCCCAAAGAAGGAGAAGGCACCGAGGAAAAGAACAAUUUGGAAAGCAAAAACGCAGAAGCGGAUGUGGCGGAACACAAACAAGACGAUGCCAAUUCGAAAGGAGACAAUAAUUCGCCAGACGGGGAAAAACCAAAGGCGGGAAGCACUGAUAACCCAAAGGAGGGAAGCACUGGUGACCCAAAGGAGGGAAGCACUGGUGACCCAAAGGAGGGAAGCACUGGUGACCCAAAGGAGGGAAGCACUGGUGACCCAAAGGAGGGCAACCCUGGUAACCCAAACAAGGAGAAUGCAAAGGAUGGCGAUGACGAUGGCAACAAACUUCACUUAGACAAAUUGGAUGAUAAGGUUCCCCACUACAGCGCCCUGAGGAACAACCGAAUAGAUAAAGGCGUAACGGACACCAUGGUGCUAAACUAUAUAAUAGGAGAUAACACAAAGUCUUGCUCCGUGAACAACGGGGGGUGCGCAGACGACCAAAUAUGCAUACGGAUCGAUAACAUCGGGAUUAAGUGCAUCUGUAAGGAGGGGCAUUUAUUUGGGAACAAGUGCAUUCUGACCAAGUCGUUUGCCAUUAGUUCGUUUUUCUCUGCUGGUCUAUCCGUCCUACUGGCUUUGCUCUGGAUGUUUUAA